AUGUCAGCGUCCGCCCCUCCAAAGAAACCCGGCAUUUACCUGCUGGGACAAGAAUAUGAGAGCUCGUUGUCGUUGAGCAGUACCCAUGUGAUUGGUGUUCAGGAAGAGUACGUGGUGCUGGAAGAAGGAGCGUUGGUGCCUGGAGGGGCCAUCAGCCUGGUCAGUUCUGAAGCGAUGGCGUUGUUCGCCCAGUAUGGGGCCAUAGGAAUCCUCUAUGGCACCCUGCCAGGCCUUGGCUACCCCCUCUUCCAAGUGUACUUAAACCUCGAAGGGUACCAAGUCGCGGCCUUCAACAUCCUCGUCAACAUUGCGUGGUCCUUCAAGAUCUUCAUGGGGGGGUUGAGUGAUUGCGUCGCCAUCUACGGCUACCGUCGCAAGCCAUGGAUGAUUCUAGGCUGGCUGGUUUGUCUGGCGGGAUUGAUCUACCUCGUGUGUCUGUCUCCUGGUAAGCCGUACUGCGAAGCCCGCGACGAUGACAACAACUGCCGCAGCCUCAUCAACCCCAACACGGAAGCCACGUCCAUCCGGAUCACACUAGGCACUGUUGUCGCGACCUUUGGGUACGUUACGUCCGCCUGUGCGUCCGACGCCCUUGUUGUGCAGUACGCCCAACGCGAGCCCGUCCACAGCCGAGGCCGCAUCCAGACAGCCAUUUACACCGCGCGCACGAUAGGCCAAGUGGUCAGUAGUGUCUUGGUCGGCCUUCUUCUCAACGGCACCGUGUACGGCGGCAAGUUUGACUUCAACGUGUCUGUGAAUGUGCUGUUUGCGAUUUUGUGUGUGCCCGCGGCGUCGGCGCUGUGCACUGCGGCGUGGGUCGUCGUCGAGCGCAAGACGGAAAGUGUGCCGUUUCACAAGUGGGCCGACCAGUUCUGGAAACUCUCGCAGAAACAAGCCGUGUGGCAAAUCCUGGCUUUCCGGUUCCUCAGCAGCCUCUUCCAGAACUUUGAGUCCACCGCGGGCAAACCCAUGGCGCUGUAUUGGGCCAAGGUGCAGCCGUUCACGGACGCCCUCACCCACGCCAUUGGCUAUGUGCUGUUUUCUGCAGUUCUUGCGUUCGUGGGGCGAUAUGGCCUCAACUGGAACUGGCGGUGGACCAUCGCCAUCACCACCGUCGUGCUUAUUGCCAUUGAUAGCACCGUCUACUUUUUGACCAUCUGGGACAUCGUGCGCAACCCGUGGUUUUACACGGGCGUGACCCUCACCGACGAGAUCCCCACCGGCGUCCGGUUCAUCGUGUCUGCGUUCGUCGCGACAGAAUUGGCCGACCUCGGCAAUGAAGGCGCCGUCUACGGAAUGGUCACGACUGUCAACAACCUCGCGAUCCCCGUCUCAUCCGUGCUCUACAAGUAUGUCGAUAGCCACCUGGACUUCAACAACACGGCGUUCGCGACUGAAAGCGUCGGGUCGGACGCGGACAAAGCCCGCGUCCGGUGGGCAGUCUCGUACUCGUAUUUUAUCUCGUACGCAAUGAAAAUGCUGUCCCUGGUGUGGCUGUUCAUGCUGCCCCCCCAAAAAGCCCAUGUCCAGCGUUUGAAGCGACAAGGGAUGGUGAGCCCGCUGGCUGGGCGGUUAACGUGGGCGUUGUUCCUCGGUCUGCUCGCGUUUUCGAUCGUGGGCAACGUCGCGUCGCUGUUCAAGGACACCUCAUGGUGGCACAUUGCGGGCGGCAACGGCGUCCGGCCGACGCCAUCGCCCACCUCCUCGUCUGUAGUACCAUAA